AUGCGUUCAUCUGCUGUCUUCGUACCGGCGCUACUCGCCUACUUCGCACUGGCACAGAGUCAGACCGAUUCCGCACCCGGGAACACGGCCACCUCAGUCCCCGACCUCGCCUCUAAAAUCGGCCCUUGUGCGGCCGGCUGCCUAACCAAGGUCAUUGGGCAAAUCGGCUGUGGCAGUAACGAUCUGAAGUGCCUUUGCGCUGAUAAGGGAAUCCUGCUCACCAGAUUGGUGCUCUGCGGCUCGAGCGCCGGCUGUACGGUGGCAGACCUGUCUCCUGACGUGGGAACAUGGCUCCGAUUAGGCGUCUCUGACGUUGUCAACCCGACUUGCAACGCCGUCAACCCCAACAACGACGAUGACGAGGGAGAUUCUAUCAAUGCUGCCGACCGUGUCAAGCGGAGCAUGCCAGCGGCGCCUAUUGCCGCGGCUGCUGCAGCCGCUGCCCUUUGA